AAUCUACUGUAGUGUACGGACGCGGAUAAGCUGAAGCUGGCGGUCGAAAGAUAUAUAAUAAAAUCAGUGCAAGUGCAAGGAAAUAACAUAGAAGAAAAGCCAAAAAAAAAAAAACCCAUUUGAGUCGUUUCGUGUAAUUUUUUUUAACAUUUUCGUUACAUAUAUUUUUUUGCCCACUCUCCCUACGUGUGUGCCAGCCAUCCUUAUUCCGGCUAGUUCAUUUUAUAUUUAGAAUUAGUUAUUUGUGUGUUUUUUUUCGACCGGUAUCGCAGUUUGUAAUUAGUUGCUAUUACUGCAAGGAGUUAAGGUCUCACCAUGGAGUCACUAUUGAUGGAAAUGGUGCGCCCAGUCACCUCGGGCAGCCGCCAGGCACCCGAUCCGUUUGACCAAUAUCUGGAAAGUCACGGUAUGUACCGCAAGCACACGGCCCGCGACGCCUCCAGCCUUUUCCGUGUGAUUGCCGAGCAGAUGUACGACACCCAGCACCUGCACUACGAGCUGCGCCAGGAAUGUGUACGCUUUAUGACACGCAAGCGUCGCAUCUUCGAGCAGUAUAUUAAUGGAAAUUUCGACAAGUAUUGCAGAGAGUUGGCCAAGCCCAAGACCUAUGGCACCAUGCUUGAGCUGAGGGCCAUGUGCCUCAUAUAUCGGCGCAAUGUGAUCCUGUAUGAGCCGUUCAACAUGGGCGCGGGCGUGACCUUUAAUCGCCACUGUGUGGAUAACUUUCGCGUAUUUUACACCAAGGAGAACCACUUUGAUUCCGUAUUCGAGCUAGAGUACAUGACAUCGGCCGCCGUUUGUCAGUCAAUCACUUUCAAGAUGCUCUACCAGUCGCUCUUCAAGCUGCCGGACGUGGACUUCGCCGUGGAGAGCAUGCUCCAUCCACACACCUUUCAGUGGGACUUCUUCAAGGUCGAAUUCGAUCCUAGGGGCUACAUGCUACGGCUGCGCUGUAGCGAUGGCCGACUCUUUAAGCUGGACGUGCCGGAGCUCACGAAAUGCAUUCUCGAGGAUUUCAAGCUCUGCAAAUUUCACAGCAGCAGCAUCUCGAUUACCGAGGAGUUGUCAUCCGGCGGGGGCGGGGCUGAGUUGGGGCGGGAUUCGACUGAGAAUGAUAUGCUGCAAAUGUGCCCCAAUCGAUAUGUCUCGUGUGUCCGUCAGCUGCUGGACGAUGGAAUCACACCGUUUCCCUACAAGGUGGCCAAGUCCUUGGACCCCAACAUGUAUCGCAAUGUGGAGUUUGAUGUGUGGAACGACAUACGCAAGGAGUCAAAACGCUACAAUGUCUACCACAAUGAUUACAACUUUAAGGUGGGAGCCAAGUGCCUGGUGGAGUUUAAUCUGGGGAAAGAAGUGGAGGAUUGCACGGGCUACAUCCAAAAAAUUAAUAGCAAAAAGAACGAGAGUAUUGUGUUCAUAGAGAAGCUUGGCAAAAAUAUAUUGGUGCCCUAUGAAACGAUGCAUCCUGUGGCACCCGAAGAUUUUCGUCCCUGGGAGGUGCCGUAUCGCCAUCAGCAGACCAUGCAGGGACAGAUACAGCGCGAGAACAUAACCAAAUUCUUUAACAAGAACAAGUUGCAAAAGUGGCGGAAAACCAAGUCGACCGAUGCGAGCACCUACUUCCAGCCCCAUGCCCAGCAGCAACGGGAGCCCCGACAUUCGGAGCACCCACGCGGAAACGCAUACAAAAGCAUGAUCGAAAUCAUCCAGGUGGAAUCGGAUCCGGACGGGCAGCAGCCGCAACAGCAGCAGAAGAAGACUUCGAUGUCAAAAAGCGAUAAGCGCGAGGGUGAUGAUCGGGCCUCCAAAUUGCAACAGACAUCGUCGCCUAAGUCGCAAGAGCCAUCAUCCUCUGGGCCAGCUCCGCCAGGAGUAGGAGCAGUAGCCGCCGCUGGUACCACCCACUUUGUGCCCUACAUGCCGCUGAUGGCGGGCGGGGGUCGUAGUGGCCUCCCACCACCACCGACAGCCUGGUCGGGCUCUCCCAUAGCAGUGCCCGAGGAGGCUUUCCGCUUUUCAAUGCCACCGCCGCCGCCAAAGAAUUGCGUGAUGAUGCCCUUCGGGGGAUUUGCACCGUCGCCGCAGGGGACCAUUGCCCUGCAUCCGCCGCUACCGUUUAUGCCGAUGGCACCGCCGCCACACCCAAACCGUACAGCACCAUCGCUACAUCCGCUCUCGUUUGAGGGACAAACACGUCGCUCGUUUAUUUCGAAUGGCGGGGAUAUGCCGCCGGAUAUGGAGACAUUGCGAUACUUUUACAACAUGGGCGUGGAUAUGCAUCUACGCAUGUCGACCUUCGGGACCGAACCGGAGUUGAAUGCGGUUGCCGGAGUGGAGGAUCCAAUGGGCAAGCUGCAUUUGGCCACAACCCCACCGCCCACACCCGAUGCUGGUGAGCAGGAAAACGGCAAUACAUUUCCGUCUAAUCGUAGCGCGGGAUCGACCAAGUCGCGCGGCAAUCGUCCAGAGCAGCUGAAAGACCUAAACGAUACGCUGGCACAUGCUGUAUCUCUCUUGCCCACGCCAACGCCAUCGCCCAGCACCAAUGGCCGGUCGUUCAGUUUCUUGACCUCGUCGCCGGUGGGGCCGCUGCCCCUCUCGCCGACCCACCUGGUGACCCCGGCAGGUCCGCCACUAUUCUUUCAAACAGCACUUCCGCCAUCCCCCCUGGCCAGGGGUGCUGCUGGAGGACAGAAUCGGUAUGCCUGGCCCUUGUCGCCGCCAAUGAUGUCCUCGACCGCCGCUCCACCAGUCUUUGAGGUGAUGAACAACUUUCCCAACGAUGGCAGCCCGCUGCAGCCCAAGAAACAGCAGCAGGCGGCCACGAAGCCUUCCCCAGGCAAAAAUCAGCCUGCAGAUGCCUAUGCUGCAACCCGUCAUCAGUAAAGCGGGGAAGGAAGGAAGGGCAUGAGAAAAGGAUCACCCAAAGGACACCCACCACCGAACCACGGGCAUCAACGUAUCUUUAGGCCAUAACAUUCCAUCAGAGCCUCGCAUUUGACAUUUUUUUUCAUAUAAAUUAACGCACUUUUAAAUUUGUAGACUUUUUAAAAUCCGUAAAGAAGAGAAUCACAAGAUAUUCCGCCAGACCCAUCCCGAUUACCCAGCGACGAGAGGACGAUAAUCUAUUCCCUUACUAACUCAAAUCACAUCCCAGGCUCACAUUUCACAUACAUAUGUCGAUUGCAAUAUUUAACCCUGUUUCCAGUUCAUUUUAAAUCUGUAAUCAAAUUCACUUGUAUGCGAUUUUAUUAGCUCUAAACAGAACAACAGAACAAGAACGUUUGCCACAAAAGAACAAAUUAAAAGACCAUAUUUAACCAACAUUUACUCUACAAAAAGUUAACCUGCUCGAAAAAUACAUAUAUUCAAAUUAUUUUCAUCAGCUAAAUACAGUAAUUUUUGUACCAAGAA